AUGUCUGACCUCAAAGCUUCUGUUGCAGAGACUCCUGCUGGAUUCCAUGUCGAAGGCUACGAGAAGAUCGAGUAUGAUUUCACAUUCAUUGAUGGCGUCUUCGAUAUCAAUCGUCGUGAACUCGCCGACUGCUACAAACGAUGGGGCCGCUGCUUGGCAGUCAUGGACUACAACAUCUGCAACGUUUACGGCAACCAAAUGCAGAAGUAUUUCGAUCACUACGACAUUGAUUUGGACAUCCACAAGACAAUGAUUGGCGAAAAGGCCAAGUCAAUCGACACUUUUCUGAGCAUCGUGGACUCGAUGAACAAGUUCGGCGUCUAUCGAAAGGAACCGGUACUCGUCAUCGGCGGUGGACUUGUCACGGAUGUUGCUGGCUUCGCCUGUGCCGCGUAUCGCAGAAACACCAACUAUAUACGGAUCCCCACCACUGUCAUUGGACUCAUCGAUGCUUCAGUGUCUAUCAAGGUGGCCGUCAACUAUGGCAAUUACAAGAAUCGCCUGGGGGCUUACCAUGCGCCGAUGCAUACGUUCCUUGACUUCACCUUUCUACGAACACUCCCCGAAGCUCAAAUCCGGAACGGCUUUGCCGAGCUCAUCAAGAUCUCCACUUGUGCCCACCUCCCUACCUUUGACUUGCUCGACAAAUACUGCGAGCAGUUGAUCGGUACCGGGUUCGGUCGUCAGGACGGGGCGCCAGAAGAGGUACGAGCUGCCGCAGACGCCAUCAACCGUGCCGGCAUCCACGAAAUGUUGAAGUUGGAAACCCCCAAUCUCCACGAGAUCGGUCUCGAUCGCGUCAUUGCUUAUGGUCACACGUGGUCACCCCUCCAUGAAUUGGUGCCCGAUGUACCGCUUCGCCAUGGCCAUGCCAUUUCCAUUGACAUGGCGUACUCGGCGACACUGGCCAAUAUGCGUGGCCUUCUCAGUGACAAGGAGCACAAACGGAUUUUGGAUCUCUUUUCUCGAGCAGGUCUGUCCAUGGAUCAUCACCAGUUCGACGAAGACAUCCUAGACAAGGGGACCAAGGCUAUUCUGAGGACUCGAGAUGGGAAGCUACGAGCAGCUGUCCCAAGCCCUCUCGGAAAAUGCGUCUUCCUGAAUGAUGUCUCGAUGGAUGACAUGUACGCCGCCUUGAAACGUCACAAGUCGAUUAUGAAGAGCUAUCCCCGGAAUGGUGAGGGUCUGGAAGCCUUCGUCGACGCCAGCGAUACUGGUUACACGGUCAACGGCGAGCCUGUUGAGAACCAUGGCGCCAUGAACUUGAAUGGCCACAAGCAACUCAACGUGCUGAAUGAUGACACCGAACAAAAUGGAUCAGCAGCCAAUGGCCAUGUCGAUGACAGCAAAGCAACGAACGGAUUUGCGAAAGCGACCAAGCAUGCGUCUGGUCCUGAGGGUGUGGACGGCCUUCAGAAUGGUGCGGUUGACGUUGCGCCCAACGGGCAUGCGAACGGCAUUGCGAAGGGAGUGAAUGGGCAUACUAACGGCAUCCGAGUCAACGGUGCGCAUUAG